AUGGCCGCUAUCAAGCCCAACAAGAAAUCCUACACUGACCUUUCCACUGUGCUGAUCCUCCUUUCGACCUUCGCCGGCGCGGUCACACUCCAGACCCAAUUCGCUCUUCCAGAGAGCUGCAAUGGCAGCCGCGUCCGUACUCUGAUGGCCUUUGCCUCACAGUUCUUCCUCAUGUGUCCGAUCUCUGUCUUUUCGAUAUUCGUUGCUCUGCACAACCGCGAUGACGGCGUCAUCAUCGAAACCGGAAAACACGAGUUUCUCCAGUUCCAGUUCGCGGUCACCGGAUUCAUGAUCGUGGUUGGGUUCCUACUGCUCAACGUCGCCGUCCAGUAUGCGGGUGGCUAUUAUGUGGGAUCUGCGGGGCUAGCCUUGACUGCGACUUUCGUUCUUAUGGCCGUCUCCUGCAGUAUCGAAGAUCAUUUGCCUCCGCCCGCGGGGGCUAAUGCCGCACAGAACCUGCAACAGGGGCAGAGACAGGAUGAGCCUCAGUUGUCGCUCUCCCAGUUUCUGGGCCUGAGAAAGUCAUCCCUUUUGAUUCCCAAGGGGAGACUUGUGCUCCGGUGGGUCAUUGUUGGACUGGUCGUGCUUGAGGUUACACUAUGUGUGCGUGUGCAUAUGCGAUCUGCGGGGCAGAUGGUAGUUUCUAUGUGA